AUGACGGAGCAAGCACCGCUGUUCCUGCCCCAAACUCGGGAGAUCGCCACCAAGGACGUCGUGGCGCGGCUCGAAAAGGACCAGAUCAAGGCGAGCUUGGUCGGCCCGACGAUCACGGGCGUCGAUGAUUCCAACCGCGAGCAGUUCCUGUACGAGCUGUGCUGGGCCGUGUGUCUGGGCGAGCUCGCUCCCGCUCGUUUCCCUACCGGCAUCGCUGCCGCGGGUUUCCCGCGGGUUCCGGCGUCCGAAAAGGGCAAGGAUGGUGCGCAGAAGGACGGCGCGAAGGGUUCCGGGGCGAUGGAGAUCGACGGCGACGGCAACGGCGCAGCAAAGAGCGCAACCGAGUUCUCUGCGGAGGAGGUCCCGCACCUCCUGUGCGACAUGCUCUGGACGGUCUGGUCCACGCUGGAGGCCGAGCUCGACGCAUCCGGCUUCAAAGUCUCAGGCGACGCCGCGCCGCGGCCGGAGGAGGUCCCGGAGCCGCACCGCAGCCGGCGCGCCCGGCUGGUCGACGUCGUCAAAGUCCUACAGCGCGACGGGUGGCUCACGCGGGCCAUCCUGAUGGAGACGAUGGACGCGACGCUGAUGUACGAGGCCGGCGUCGUGCCGCAGGACCCGGAGCGGUGGAAGCAGACCGAGAUCAGAUACCACACCAGGACUGUGUACCUGCAGCCCAAAUACAACCUAUUCCGGGAGGAGCCCGAGGGGUUCGCGAAGCUCGCCGUGCUGCUCGGGGGGUUCAGCAACGCGGGCCGCGUCACGCGCGACAACGUCCCGGACGUCGCCGCUGAGAUCCAGGGCAUCGUCGGGCAUUUUGGCGUGGACCCCAACAGGGCGCUGGACGUGGUUCUGACGGCGUUCGAGGCGCAGCCGGACAACGCAGCGAUGGUGGAUCUGCUCAAGGAGCAGCGCUUCAAGACGGACGCGGUGGUCCAGCUGGUGGGCUUCCGCCUGACUCAGUGCGACAAGGAGGGCAACACCCCCCCCGCGGUGGUCCGCGUGGCCGCACAGCUCCUCCACGGCGGCGCCUUCACCCUCGAGGAGCUCUACCCGCACCUCUCCCCGACCGACGACGCCCUCGCCGACGCAUGCACCAAGGCCCGGAGCGCCCUGGACAACGCCGUCGCCGACCUGGGCACGAUCAAGGGCUCCGACGCGCUCUUCGCGGCCGAACGCGCGCUCGCAGUGUCGCCGCAGGACCUCGCCGUCGACGACGUCCGCGCCAAGCACGACGCCGCGCUCCCGUCCGCGUGCCCCAAGGUCGCCCUAUGCUCUGCCGUCCUCAACACCUCCGGCUGGGCCGCGGCCGCGCCGCUGCUCCGGCGCCUCCGCGCGCUCGGCGUGGAGCCGCUCGACUUCACGCCCGUCGCGGCCGCCGCGUGUCGCGCCGUCGAGCGCGACCUCCUCGACCCUCUGCACAGUGCUCUGCAUCCGGCGCGCAACCUCCGCGCGCGGCCGAUCGUCGACGCGCACGCGGACCGCGCCAAGUGGGGCGCGUACGCCGACGCCGCGCGCGCCCUCGGCGCCGGCGCCGUCCCGCCGGAGGCCCUCGCGGCGGUGCGCGCGCUCGGCCACCACGCGCACCUGUCGACGUCGCUCCUCAUCAAGACCUGCCGCGUGGUGCGGCACCACCUGCUGCUGGCGUGCCAGCCCGCGCUGCGCGCGUGCGUGUUCCCGGCGUCCUCGCACCCCGACGAGGCCCUCACGGCCGCGCUGCGUCAGCAGUCGGCCAUGGAGGACGUGCUGGUUGAGAGCGUGCUGCCGGGGCUGAUUCUGUGCCCCGUGAACGCGGGGCUCGCCGCGGAGGUGUGGGAGGUGCUCCGGCUGCUGCCGUACACGACGCGGUUCCGCCUGUACAGCGAGCUCAAGGGCGCGAGCCAGGGCAACGCGCUGCUGGCGGCGGCACGGCAGAAGGCGGACCGGUCCGUGAAGCGCGUGACGAAGCGGCUGGUGGCGGUCGGGCGCGGGAAGGGCGGCGCGCGGUCGGCGGACGCGGCGGAGCUCGAGCAGGCCGACCGGCGCGCGCGUGCGAUCGCGCGCGUGAUGUACGCGCACCCGUGGGUGGGGAUGCAGGCGGUCCUGACGCAGGUGGGGGACUUUCCGGAGCUGGUCGACACGCUGGUCGACGGCGCGAAGUUCUUCACGCCGCUCGCCGUCGACGCGUGCGUGUUUCUCGCGCUCGAGAAGUUCGCAGUCCCUGCCGAGAAGCUAUCCCUGGAGAGCGAACGGCACAAGCCGUCGUAUUACGCGCUGGCGCGGCUGAUGGGCGCGCUGUGCAAGCGCGGGGGCGGCAGCGUGGUCGUGCCCGUUCCGGAGGUGAAGGCGGUGCUCCAGUUCGUGGCGAACAGUCUGAAGCAAAACCGGUGGGACGACGUGCUCUUGCUGAACCGCCUGGCCUCGGAAAUGACAGGCGUGUCCGAGGAGGUCGCCGUGGGCGAGAAGGUCACGCAGGCGCUCGGCGGCGGACCCGCGCUCCUCCACGCAGCCGCCGCGGGGCCGGACGAGCCCGCCGUGCCGCCCCGCAAGGCCGCCACCGCGCUGCGCGCCCAGCAGGUGCUUCUGCGCGCAAUCACCUCCGCGGACCGCCCCGAGGAGGCGCUCGCGUGGCCGCUCCUCGCACUACUGUGCCAGCUGCGCGACGUCGUCUUCGGCGACGACGACGCCGACGGCCUGCGCCCCGUCAAGGCCCGCAGCUUCGCGCUCGACCGCGCACGCGGCGACCUGGCGCAGCUCGCGACGGUGCUCGACGCGGGCCUCGACGCCGCGGAGUACGCGUCGCUGCUGCCGUCGCCGUCGCGGAUGGUGCUGCACCACGGCAUCGACGUCGACUUGACCUACCUUCUGCACCGGCCAGCGCUGGCGCGGAAGAUGGUGUUGCUGAGCGAGGAGGGGGAGAUGGAGGUCGAGGGCGGGCGCGACGCGGCGGCUGCGGAGCAGUGGGCCGCGGCGCUCGAGGACGCCAAGGCGAUCAUGUCGCCUGCGACGCUGGCGGCAAUGACGCCAGAGCUCUACUUGACGUUCUGGGUGCUGGACAUUCGGGACAUCUGGUGCCCCGCGGGCGCGUACGACGAGCAGCUGCGGCUCCUGGAAGAGCGCAUCAAGCAGCGCGAGCGCGCCAUCAUCCAGCUGCGCAAGCAGGCCCGCACCGCACAGGUUGCGGAGGACCUGGAGAAGGCGCAGGCCGACCGCUCGGCCGCGCGGCACGCCAUCGAGACGCUCCAGGCGGAGCGCGCCGAGUGCGAGAAGCGCGUCGCGGACCGCCGCGCCGCGCUGCGCGCCGCGCGCACCCGGUGGAUUCCCGCGAAAACGGACCAGCAUCAGUCCACGAUUCUGAUCAAGGCGCUGCUGCAGAGCUGCAUCGUGCCGCGGGCGAUGGGGUCGCCCGAGGGCGCGGCGUUCUGCGCGCGGUUCAUCGAGCUGCUGCACGAGUCCGAGGCGCCGCUGUUCUCCACGUGGUCGUUCUUAAACCAGGCGCUACGCACAGUGCCGGUGAUGGUGUACUGCUGCACGGAGCACGAGGCGAACAACGUGGGGCUGUUCCUCGAGGGCGUGCUCGGCCUGAUCCGGCGGUGGGCCGCGGACAAGGACACGUACGAGCGCGAGGCGUCGUCGAAGAUCGGGAUGGCCACGCAGUUCACUGCGGACCAGGUGGAGACGAGCGCGCGCGCGUCGCACGUGGAUUUCCUGCGGCUGCAGAACCGCUGGGAGAAGGACAUGACGCGGAUCUGGAGCGACGGGCUGAAGUCGUCGGAGGCGACGAUGGUGCGCAACACCCUGGGCGUGCUCCAUCGGAUCUCGCGCUCGUUCCCGCUGAAGGCGUCGACGGCGCAGGAGCUGUACUGGCGCGCGCGGGACCUGAAGAAGGCGAUGGAGGAGGCCGGCCGGAAGGACAUUGCCAUGCGUGCGGACAUGUAUGGUAUUCAGCUGUUCAAGUUGUUCAAGGGGGAGAUUGUGGAGCUGCGGCCGGAGGAGGCGGCGGCGCUGAGGAGGGAAAAGGAGCGGCGGGAGCGGGAGAAGCGGGAGGAGGAGGCGCGGCGGGAGCGGGAGCGGAAGGAGAGGGAGGCGGAGAAGGGGAAGGAGAAGGAAAAACAAGUCGAGAAAGCAAGGGAGAAAGAAAAGGCGAAAGAAAAGGACAAGGAGGGCGAGAAGGGGAGGGAGAAGGAGAAGGAGCGGAUCAAGGAGCGGCUCAAGGAACGGGAGGCUCCCAAGGACAAGGACCGGGAGUCGGAGCGGACAAAAGACAAGCGCGACGACAGCAAACAGAGGGUGGCGGAGGUCGUGGCGCCCCGCGCGGGGCCGGACCGCACGGAGGCGCGUGCGCGCGGCCCCGAGCGCGAGCGCAGCGGCGGGCGCGCGGAGGAAGUGCGUCGGGACGCUCGCGUGCGCGAGCGCGACAGCGAGAGCAACGCAGCGACGCCCACCGCGGCGGAGCGACGGCCGCGCGGGCGCGGUGCGCGCGAGUGGGACCGCGGGAAGGUCCUGGCUGAGGACGCUGCUGUCCCUGUGCGGCGCGAGCGGGAGGCGGACGACGGCCGGCGCGGCGGAGGCCGCGGCCCGGAGCAGGCUCGCAGGGGUGCUGAGGCCGACGCCGGGGAGCGGCCGCGCAUUCCAAUCACCGCGGCUCGCGAGGCCGCGCUGUCGUCUGUGCGCGGUGGGCGGCGCGAGGGCGAAGAUGGCGACGCCGGGGGCGUCUCGGCACGCGAGGGCGGCAGCGAGCGUGUGGCUGGAAGCAAGCGCGCGCGCGAGGAGGGGUCGCCGCCGGCGGAGUCGGAGCGGCGCAGCGGCAAGAGCCGCAAGCGGGGCCGCGGCGACGAGGGCGUGAGGGUCGUUCCUGUCGAGGCCGGGGAGGGGGGGGUCGACGAGGGGGAGCCGCGUGGGGAGAAGCACCGCCGGGGCGAGGAGCGGCGCGAGAGGAAGCGGGAGAAGCGGGCGCGGGAGGAGGCGGCGCAGAGGGAGGAGAAGGAGGACAAGGAGCGGCCGAGCAAGCGGAAGUCGAGGAAGAAGCAUUGA